AUGGAGGUGGCGGGCGAAGAAGAGCAGCACCCAGUCGACAGCGACGCUACGUGGUCCAGCGAUGAGGAGAUCCGGCCGAAUGUGAUCAACAUCGUCGCCCAGGCUCCAGCCGUGCCAGGCCCUCCUUCCCUGCCAAGAAAGAUACAACGAGGGCGCAACAUGAUCAUGAAGGUCGGCGAUCACCGUAUCUACUGGCAAACGGGCGAGUACGUCAACGACGAUAAAGAA